AGUUGACUAGCAAGCAUCAUGGACCUAUCUGACUCUGAAACCCCAGAUACUCCUCCCAAUAUCCCAAAGCGUCAACGUCCCAACAUACUUGUGACAGGGACGCCCGGUACCGGAAAAACAACCACGUCGGAACUAAUAGCAAUAGCAACUGGCUUGGAACAUGUUGAGGUCGGCAGUUUAGUGAAGGAACGAGGCUUACACCAGGGUUGGGAUGGAGAGUUCCAGUCAUGGCUGUUGGAUGAAGAUAAGGUUGUCGAUGAACUAGAACCGAUGAUGUUAGAAGGUGGAAAAGUAGUAGAUCAUCAUGGUUGCGACUUCUUUCCUGAGCGCUGGUUCGAUCUGGUGGUUGUCCUCAGGACGGACAAUCAAAUUCUUUAUCCCCGACUAGAACAAAGGAAUUAUUCCGUAAAGAAAAUCCAAGAAAACGUCGAAUGCGAGAUUAUGCAAGUCGUACUGGAAGAAGCUCGGGACUCAUACAGGCCUGAAAUUGUUUGGGAGUUGCGAAGUGAAUCCAUCCAUGAUAUGGAAGAAAAUGUUCAACAGAUCAGCGACUGGGUAGAUCGCUUCAUGGAAAAGUCCUGAUUGCGUCCUUGUAGAAUAUUUUUUAUAGCAGCAUUUCUUGUAUAUAUUGUUCAGUAGCAGAUAGACAGAAUUUACUGAUUGGCACCCAAUUCAUGCUCGGGCUGUGGCAAUGAGCCAGACUGUAUUCAGACUGUAUUCAUCGCUGCUUUGAACACUACUCAUACCUAAG